AUGGAGGAAGGCGGCACGGACUUCAGGGCCCUCCGCGCCAAGUUUCAGAGUGACGCCAACUUCUCCAGGCAGCUCCUGCAGUCGCAUGAGAAGCUGGUGCCAGCCCCCGUGGAAGCCACGCGAACGCCGGGCUCCAAGGCUGGCCACGCCGCCAGUCCUCAGUCCUUGGAUGGGAGAGAGAUGAUAAUAUUAAAAGGCAAGAACGAACCUUUCCCUCCUCAGCCCCGAGGGACUCCUCAACCCUCGAGACUAGUCCGGGGCAAACCUUUGGUGCAGGCAAGGGGCAGGCGUGUUAAUGUGGCUCUGAGGGGGAAGAAUGAAGAGCAGAAAGGCAACAUCUUGGAGGAAGGGAUGAACCACUCCAAGGGAAGCUCACAAAAGCCUCGACCACCCUACUGCACCGAGCAGCAAGAUCCGGAGGCUGCUCCAUGCCCGAAGUCCUUCCACCAUGCCCUGCAGAUGUGGGAAAACACUUUGUCCUGGAGUGAAAAAGCCAGUGCAACGCUCCCAACCCAAAGAGGAGCAAACAUCUACGUGCAGCCUCGCCCGACGCCGCGCGCGGUGGGCACUGCAGCCACAGUGGAUGGCACCAGGAUGAGGACGGCUCGGAGCGAGCAAGCCCUGGACUUGCCUACAUGCCAGAAGGAUGCUCCACGUGGCAGCGGGACGGCUGCUUCCCCAGCUCCAGCUCUGCCCCGUGUACCCAGGAGAUGCAGGAGCUGUGACCAACUGGCUGCUGAAAGCACUUCUGCAAGCGGCUCCUGCCAGCCAGGCUGCAAUGUGGAGGCACCGAGAGAGCUCCCUCAACACCAGGAAGCAGAGCUGGAGCCGCCCUGCUUUGAACCUGGGGUGGGAAAAGCACCCGAAGCUCCACAGAGGAGCCCACCAAAAAUGAAACCUCUUCCUCCCAUCGAGUCCCUUGGUCCUGCCCCUGCCAAGCCCGCGAGACCCCCGAGAGUGGAUCUGGCCGCUUUCCGCAGCGCGACGCCUGCUGCCCACACACAAAAGGGAGCAACUGCUGUGGAGGAGAAUGCCUCAACUCCUGGAAGUGCUGAACUUGAAGAGCAGCAUGAUUAUGAAGACACGGCAUUGUAUCUGAAUCAGCCUGGGGACUCCACGAGCUCACGUGCCAGUCAAGGUGCUUUCCAAGGCAAGUCUUCCAGGCUGAAACCUGAGCAAGAGCCUCCAGAGCACGACAAGCAAGUGAUAAAAGGGCUUCUAGACACCUGCCUGAUAUGUGAUGUGAUUUCUGAGAAAACCUACUCUGUUUUUCAUCCUAUUGCUGCAUUUUCUUUCCUUGAUAGCAAAAUUGCAUGGCCCAUGAGACAGAUACRACCAUGGGCAAACAGUUGUAUGUUCCUGCUCCUGGAAAAUACAAUGGUCACGGUUUGUCUCACCAAAAGUCCUGGAAGAGCUGUCAAGGAUGAAAAUGAAGAAACAAGAAGACUUGAAAGAGAGAAACAGCAAGCGAAGAUAACAUUCAAGAUAGGUGGAAACGACUACGUGACUCCCAUCGCCCGACCCAAGCAAGAUGGUCGAGGUGGGAAGACGGUGCCGCAAGUGAAGCACGGAGAUGCGCCCAGUGCCCAGGCUCUGAACCAUCCUACCCUGCAAGGGCUGCUGAGAGGUGGAGCAGAUCGCUUGCCAUACGUGCACGUAGGUGCUCCAAAACUACCUGAAAGAAGAACAGAAUUGAGCCAGGACACUGAGCAGAGUCUGCAGCCAUCGGAGGACGUGUAUGACGAUGUGGAGGCAUUGCAAAGCAGACUCAAUCACCCUUCAGAGACCUCAAGUUCGUUGGCUCCAGACAGUGUUUCAGGAGACUAYGAAGAAACAUAUGAAGAUAUUGAGGCAGUGAGUGAGAUUCCAAGGAAAGUGGAGGCAGAAAAGCAGAAGAGGUUUGGAAAUAUAUUGAAGAUUGAAAAAUUUAAACUGAAGAAUACCAGGUUCAAGGAAAACUUAAGAUUGCUUUCCAGCUCGGUACCAAAUUUAGCCACCGUCUCGCAGGAGGACACGUACGACGAUGUCGAGGCUGGGCAGACAGGGCUGAGAGAGAAGGAGGACAGAUACAGAAACUGGAAGCCCAGGUUUCUGAUGUCAAAAGAGGAUAAGGAGCGAAGGAAGAGCAGCGAUGAGGUGGAGAGAAAUAUCUUCCAAGUCAACAAGCACAGUGCAGAAAAGAGCAAGAAGAUGGCAAAAGAAGAAAAGCUGUUCAGGGAAACGUUUAUGUACGACAAGGAGAUCAGGGUCCUCAGCAGCGCCGUGGCGCAGCGCUCGGUGCCGAGCGAGCGGCCACUCGAUCUGCCCGUCACAGCCGGGGAGCAGCUGGACGUGAUCGAUACCACGCGAGGCAGCACCGUGAUUUGCCGCAAUGCAGAGGGCAAAUAUGGGUAUGUUCUAGUGAAGCACUUGACCUUCAGGUAAACUCAGAUUUUAUUUAUUUUGACCCUGCUGAUUGCCCUAAGUGACUGUAUCCUCCUGUGGAGCAUCCCUGGAGAGCAGCCUGGAGCCUGUGUGCCAACAGGAAAGCKCCUGGGAAUGCAAAUAAAGGUUUAUUUUUGCACUUAUGC